AUGGAAAAAAAAUUUUGUUUCGCGAAGAGCAUUCAGCGCAUAAUAUCCACGAGGAAGAAACUCUUUGCAUUGGCGAUGGAUGCUGGAUCACCGUCCUCCCAAGAAAAUCAAUCAUCUCCUUCCUAUCACCAUGAAUCUUCUCCAGGAAAACCUCAAUCAUUGGAAGACUUAGCUAAGCGCUUGGCUGAGUACGCAGCUCAACAGGCGUUGCUAUCACGGGCUAUCGAUCCUUUGAAGUCUGCCAUUGAAGCCUCCAAAUCUCGCCUUUCUCAGAUUCGUUCCACCUCCUAUCCUCAUUUCCAGAAGGCCAUUGAUUUCUUUUGGGAGGGAAAGUCCGAGCUCGCUGCUUAUGAGAAUGUAUUAUUUGGAAAAAUUAGAGAUGGUAUUCUUGUUGCUGCAUCACAUCCGCUGAUCAGUUGUGGAGUUGCAACUGGCAUGGGUUUCUUAGUCUUUAAAAAGCCCAGAAAUUUCUUAUACUACAGAACCAUUCGACUUUUUGUGAAUGAAGAGUCCUUACUUUCCAAAGCUGAUGCUAACGUAAAAGAGUUGCGACAGUCAAUUGAUCGGAUAAAGGUUGAAAGUGAGAGGCUGGAGAAAAGAACACUUCAAGCUCAAGAGGAAUUGAUACGAGGAAGAACAAAACUCAGGCAAGCAGGAAAACAGAUUGAAGGUGUGAUUCAGUCGGCUUAUAAAAUUGAAAGAAAGGCAAGAGGUUUAAAAGAUAUUCUUGCAGAUCUUCCCACAAGGGAAGCUUCACGAUUUAGGACUCAGGUUUCUAACCUUGCUUCUGAGGCAAAGAAGGAAAGAAUUGGCUUGAGCAAGGAGGUCUCAAAAAUAAGCAACUACGGUAUCUCUGUCUGAUAAAUUCAAAUCCAAAAUUUGGCUCAGCCUCAACAAUAUUGCUCCAUCUCAAAAUUCACUUGGUCUGCUCUGAAACCACUACCUGCAUAUCCUCUCUCAUCUUUGUUUUUCUUUCAUUUACCGUUGAAGGCUGAGUUCUUUUUUCUUCUUUUUAUGGUGCUCGGCCAAAAUAAGUUUUGACGGCUAUCUAUUCAGUUGUACCAUUGAAAAGUGAAUUUGAUUGUUCAGUAUAAUAAUUGUAGAUGCAAUACCAAUAGAGCUGGUUCUUUUGAUAGAAUCGUAAUCCUAACAAACUCUUCUUGUACUUGUAAAUUCGAAUGUUUAUGGGAGUGGAUGGCAAAAUUAAGCUAUAACAAAUUUAUUUGGUUAGAA